UCCAUCACCGACUCCCUCACCCCUGCAUGGCGGAACAAUCAGCUAGACCUCGAAGAAGCUCGUCGCCCUGCUCGAGGGGUACACGACCGCUUUCGGCGCACACAGGGGACGACCCCCGCGGAAGCCACGACGUUGAAUGAACUCAUGGCCGAGAUGCUCCAUACUGCGCCCAUCAGCAAAUCUCAUCCUGGCAGGGCAAGGAACGAGGCAUACACUACCUCGCUCAGGUCCUACGGAGGUCCUCCUCCACCAUUGACGGGUAGUCAUGGAGGCCGCAUCCACCCACGGAUGCUGGAGCGGCUAGAGACGGAGGAGGACCACGCGGUCAUCGAGGAGCUGGACUCGAUGAAGGAGGAGAUAGGACUUCUCCAAACCGAUGUGGACCUGCUCAAAUGGGCAAAGAAGCGGGUGUUUGCACCCAUCGGAGCCACUCCUUCCCUCGAUCCCGCCAAGGCCAAGACCGCUAUCAGUGAGGGUGACGCCGGACCUACCUACCCACCCGUCUACUCCCGCAUCCUCGCAUACCUCCUCGGCUACGUCCGGCGGAACUACAACAACCCCCACCUCGUCCUCGCCCUUUUCCACCACGCGCAAACCCAAUCGCCCGAAUCAUACCUCUCCGGAUGCCUCGCUGGGGCGUACAAUGAAGUCAUCAAGACUCGGUGGGAGUCGUUCAGGGACCUCGAGGGCGUCGAGGCGGCCGUGAGGGAGAUGGAGGCGAAUGGGGUCGCGUGGGAUCGGGGAAUUGCGAAGACGAUGGGGAAGAUCGUUGAUGAGGUGUCGAAGGAGGUGUUUGAGGGCGUGAGGUCCAAGGAGAUAUAUGGCGAGGGCGUCGAAACGAGGCUGCUCCGCCUGGAGGACAGGCUGCAGAAGGACAUCAACAUGCAGACGAGGAUGUAUGAGGCUAAGCAGAGGGAGAAGCAGGAGCAGAGGAAUAGG